GAGGCGGACCCCACCUUCGCACCCGGAAGCGGAAGCGGACGCCUUUCUCGUGUGGACGUUUCGCCUUGGAAACGAAGUCCGCAGAUUUCUUUUUCUUUUCUUUGAGCAGCUAAACACUUGCAGUGGAGUCCGUUCAUGGUCACAAUUCGCCAGAAGUUAUGCGAAGAUGAAGACCGCAAAUCGGCGUCAUUAAAUGAACAGUUUGACGCGGGAGACAUGUCACUAGCGUCCGUCUCCGUGACGAUCGGAGCGGCGUGGCAGUGUCGAACCGAAGGCCGCCGCCUGGUCGACGUGGUGCGGGCGGUCCACGUCACGGCGCCGGAUGAUGGCGACGGCGAAGAGGAACACAAGCUGACGGAGAGAAUCGGGGACGGCGGCGUCCUGUUGGAGCGGGCGCACGGCGCCGAGGCGGAGCCUUGCGUCCUGACGCUGAGCUGCGGCCCCGCCGCCAUCAGCCGCCUGACGCUGGUGAGCGAGGCUCGGACCAUGGAGGUGUACCUGCCCACGGGCGAAUACUGCGCCACGGUCCGGGGGGACAAGCAGGACCGCGUCCGCCUCGGCGACAGGGGACCUUUCUACAGGAAGCAGCUGAGACUGGACGCCGCGCCGUCAUCCUGCGACGUGAAGCUGCUGUCUCUGUCGGGUCGAAGCAACGUGUUGCUGUGCGGCGCGCUGGUGGGGCUCCGCCCGCCGCGGCCCCCCCCGGCCCGCGACGGCGGCGCCGUCGACCUUCGGCGGGUUCGCGGCCUGGUGGACGAGAUGGGCGCCAGCCUGUCGCCGGGCGCUCAGAACCUGAUGGAGAUGCUGCGGCUCCAGCAGAAGGCCGCGGCGGACUCUGCCCCCGACGACCUCGUGCCGGACGAGAUGGUGCGCCGCGUCCUGAAGGCCGGGGCCCCGCCCCCGGAGAUGCUGCGCAAGGUGUGCGGACAGGUGACGCGGCUUCGACUGGACCGGGACCGGACGCCGGCUGCGGACGCGUGGAUGGAGCGCCGCCUGGAGGAGAUGGAGCGCCGUCUGAAGGAGCACGUGGACCGCCGCCUGGACGCUCUGGAGCGCAAGCUGGAGAAAGCCUUGCUCGGGGACCGGGCGAGAGGGCGCCCGGGGUCACCUGGCCCGGACGAAGAGGCGCGGUCCAAAGUCCGCACUAACCAAGAGACGGAACCGCUGGUGAAGUACGACGCUAACUCGAUUUAACGGUGACACGACUUGCGAGUUUUUUCCGGGGGGGUCGUUCAAAAUUUUCGAGCUCGAGGAAGGUGGGGGGAACGCUUUCAGCCGUUUGUUGAACGGGACGGGAGCGCGAAUCCCAAAGGAGCGUGGUCAAAAGUACAGAAAGCUGAAAAAUGGCCUCUCGUGCACUAACAAAGUAUUGAAUCGCCUCCGGUGGCUUCCCAGAAACUGGUCGGCAGCGCACCAGCGGCACACGUAAACGUUCCAGGAAAUGAACCAGAGUGACGCGAGCUUACAUAAUGUCGACUUCUUCAUCAAUAAACAUGACAUCAUGCUAACAUUUCACUGGGCGCCAUAUUGGCCAACCGCCACUUGGCGCCCGACGCUUCCGUUGAUUUUUUUUUUUUUUUUUUUCUCAACGCUCGCCGGCUAGCGUCCUGUUUGUAACACGCGGCUUCCGACGGCGUUCACAACCAAUAAAAACAAUAUUUCU